AUGGUUGAGUUGCGACGAGACAAACUUAUUCAAUUUGAAGAUGGCUUGCUACUAGUAGUUGAUGAGGCUGCUAUAUAUAGGCAGGUGUUAGGUGAAGGAAAAUACGGUUGGUUACGAGGUUUAGGUCCUACACCUGGAAAAAAGAUCUCAGUGGAAUUAUCAUCCAAACAUAAAGAGAUUGAAGAAGAACGUUUGGACAAAUUAGAGAAAAUCAUUGAAGAUCUAAGGAAGGAUCAAGAUAAUAAUGUUGCAAGAAUCGUUCAAGAGAAUAUGAAAAUAUUCUAUGAAUCACAACAAGGAAGAUUAUUAGAGGAACGAUCAUCAGAGUCACCAAUCAGAAUUCCAUCAAUGGAUAAACAAAAUAGUUUUUUCACGCAACUGGAGCCAAGUAAAGAAAAAGAUCAACCCUCAUCUUCACAAAAACCCACUAAAUCGUCCUCAAAUUUAGAAGAAGUGCGAGAUUCUCCAAUUAAAUUUGAGAUUCCUAAGGACACUCCAAAGGGUGUAAAAGCUGCAUUACUAGCUGUUCGAUUUAUAAAAGCUUCACACACUUUUUCCAUGGUCAUGGACCCAGAAAUUUUGGAUAAUGAUGAAUAUUUACAUAUUUCACCUAUUGAUGUAAUUCAUCUAGGCACUAUGAAACGGAUUGGAGCUGCUUGCAUAGUAUUUUACAUUAGGAUCUUACAUGAAAAGUUGGUGAAGGCAAAUCGAGCACAAUAUUUUCGUUUCUUUCAUCCAAUUUUAGCUUUGGAUUCAUGUCAAGCACAAAAUGCAAUGACAAUGGCAGAUCGCAUGGAAGGAACAGAAGCAGGACAAUUUUGGUUGCUUUCUGUUAAUACUGGAGACCAUUGGAUGCUAGCAAUUAUUGAUGUAUUGCGUGAAACAUGUUAUUGGCUUGACUCAAUUGGAUUACCCCCGCCUAAUAAAAUUAAAUCUCUAAUGGCAAUGACUUUUGAUUACUACAAUGCUUCCAGUAAUAGGCAGCCAAAAAAGUCUGGCAUUACAUGGAAAUCUAUAAAAUGUCCUCAACAAAUAUCGGAUUUUGAGUGUGGAUAUUAUGUAAUGAGAUACAUGCGUGAAUUUUGCAUGAAUUCUAGACCUAUCAAUUGGCUAACCACUCAAUGGAAUGAGAAAAAAACUUAUACAAAACAAGAAAUUGAUGAAAUUCGUUUGGAGUGGGCUGACCAAUUUUUAGAAGAAAUUACAGAAGAUGGAGUGCUUUAA